CCGUCAAUAACACCGUUAACCAACAAUCCACCUCAGCAUCCACAUUAAGUAUAUUUUUACUUAUCAUUUAAAUAAAAACAAUAAAGAGACGGUUAGUAUAUAAAGGAAGUGGGAGAGUGCUAGAAAACCCUAGCCGCCCAAACUCAUUCUAUUCCUUCUCUCUUUUUCCUCUCUCUCGUAUUCUCUAUUUCUCUCCCAAAUCGACAGCCCGACUGUGUUCUUCUCGACGGCGGUGGAAGAAAGAUACAGUGGGAGAAAUAAUGAAAGGGGUCACCGGUGCUUCGGGUGUCAAUGGCGAUGAAGAAAGAUCAAAGAGUGCAUGGGUUUUGGCAUCUGACAGCAGCAAAUCGGCUCGUCUUGAUCGGAAAAGCGAUGAUCCGGAGGGAAUAAGAAAUGGGGUUCGCCAAUGGCAUCAGAUGUUGAAGGCGGUGAAUGAAGCUCGACGGAUCUCAAAUCUCAUCCAGCCGCGUUGAAGGAAGCUCGAUGGUUCAACGUCUCGCCUCUGGCCGUGGUGAAUCGGCUACAACCGCCGGCGGAUGAACCAGAUCUGCUCUUCCGACGAGAAAAGCGAAAGUAAGAAACCAGAUCUACAUUUUUUUGUAAUUUAUUAUAUAGAUGUGUAGUGAUAAUUGUCAUAAUAAAAUUGUUUUCCCAAAAAAGUUCUUUAGUUUUUCUAUUGUAUUUACAAAAUCUGAUUUUUGUUCUAAUUAUUUUGCAGGUUUGGCAUUCGGACUUGCAGAUCUGGAUUUUGGAUGAGGAAUUGAUAGUGUAUUUUGAGCAAAUAUGGAAUUUUUUUCAUUGAUGAGGUGCAGAUUUGAUGUUGACGAAGGAACUAGAACAUGAAACGAAAAAUAAAUUAUGACCUAAAUGAAAUUAACCCGGAGAUAAAAUGUGACCUAUACUAAAAUUAACCCAAAAUAAAUUGUGAAUAAUCAUAAAAAAUGGCCAUCUUUCUACAACGAACUAUCCGUCGCAAAAUUCCCUUAUUUUCUGCAACGGUGCAAUGGGCGUCGUAAAAUGAUCAUUUUGCGACGAAAUGAUCGUUGCGAAAUCAUUGCCCUUCAGCGACGAUUUUGGUUUUUCUUGCAACGAACCGGUUUUUUUCAUCGCGGAAUUUUCUGCGACGCUGUAUAGGCGACGAAGGGUUUUUACUUUUGCAGCGGAAGAACUCGUUGCAGAAGGCUUCUGCGACGAAUUUUAGGCCUUUCUGCGACGAAUUUCCAUCGUAGAAAGCGAAGUUUCUUGUAGUGUCGCCUGGACUAUCUAAAUUUGUUUCUCUAUCUGCUGUUAGGUGUGGAAUAUAAUUAUUAAUGAGGGACGCCCAACUAGGUAUUGGGGGGAGGUAGUUACAUCCUGGAGUUUAACCGGGCCAAGGAAUCAAAUAAACGACUCGCAGUCGGGUACAAUUGAAGGGCAUUUCUAGCCACCAAGUGGGCUACCCUAUUACUACGUCGACCUACAAACCGCACACUAAGGCAACUAUGAGCAUCCAAGUAUCGCACAACCUCCUCAAGAAGAGCUCCAAUUCGACUAUCCUGGGUGUUUGAUCGAUUGACUUUAUCAAUAAUCACCUUAGCAUUCCCGUCAAAUCGGACUUCCGUAAAACCUUACGCAAGGCACCACAGAAUUGCCUCACGGAGGGACAACAUCUCCGCAGUCAAAGGAUCAUCAAUUCCCAGAAACUAAACCCCCUAGCCAUUCCCCCAGCCGAGUGGGACGCAAGUUUGGUAGCCCCAUCCCAUUUACAGAUUAUCGGGGAAUGGUGAGCACCCGCCAUAGGCGGAUCCGGCAGGACUACUCCCCCCGGAGGCCGGGCCACAGGCAAAUUCACCCACUCCUGAUAUUGUUGGUGGAAUUGGCGCAUUAAAGCUGGUAAACCAAACUGCUUGCCUUCAAAGACAACCCAGUUACGUGAUCGCCAUAUCCGCCAAAGGACAUCAACCACUGCCAUAAACAACUGGGGCUGGUGAAGGAGCAUCAUCAAUCUUUUGAGGAACAGAGGGAAAGUAUGACGCGGCAAUUCUUAGCCAAGAUACUCCAGGGUCGCAUAGUCCCAAAGUGAACUGGCCACUGGGCAGUCAAGAAACAAAUGUUCCAAGG